AUGUCGCUCUUUGUGCUGGCUGAGACGCCGGCAGGCUAUGGUCUGUUCAAGUCCGCCGACAAGAAGCUGCUCAAAAAUGACAACCUCGCCGAGGAACUCGGGCGUCCCGAGAAGUUGGUCGAGAUGUUGAAACUGAAAAAGUUCGUCAAGUUCGACAGCGCUGCCAUGGCCCUUGAGGAAGCUGCUUCGUUGAAGGAAGGCAAGAUUCCCGAGCUUCUGUCGACCCUCCUCGAGGAUCUCAAGUCCGAGAAGAAGGCUUCUCUCGCCGUCGCCGACAUUAAGCUCGGCACCUCCAUCUCAAACCUUGCCGAUGCCAACAUUACCGCUGUCGCCGGCUCAGAUACCGUUGACCUGUUUCGUGGUGUGCGUGAGCACCUGUCGUCGCUCAUCCCCGGCCUCGAGACCGAGAAUGUCGACCGCAUGGCCCUGGGUCUGUCGCACUCCAUGUCGCGCCACAAGCUCAAGUUCUCCGCCGACAAGGUCGACUCCAUGAUCAUCCAAGCCGUCAAGAUGCUCGACGACAUUGACAAGGAUCUCAAUGUCUACGCUAUGCGCACCAAGGAGUGGUACGGAUGGCACUUCCCCGAGCUUGCCCGCACGUUGAACGACAACGUUGCGUACGCCCGCAUUGUUCUCGCCGCAGGCAUGCGCUCCAACAUUGCCGAGACUGACUUGUCCGAGAUCCUGCCCGAGGAGCUUGAGACUGCCGUCAAGGCUGCCGCGGACAUCAGCAUGGGCACUGACAUCACUGAGGCCGAUCUCGCCAACAUCAAGUCCCUCGCCGAGCAGGUCGUCGACUACUCUCAGUACCGCUCGGAGCUCUCCUCUUACCUGGAGAGCCGCAUGCGCGCCAUUGCGCCCAACCUGACCACCCUCGUUGGCACUUUGGUUGGCGCUCGCCUGAUUGCCCAUGCCGGUUCUCUGAUCAACCUGGCCAAGUCCCCCGGUUCUACAAUCCAGAUUCUCGGCGCCGAGAAGGCUCUUUUCCGCGCUCUCAAGACAAAGCACGAUACACCCAAGUACGGUAUCAUCUACCACUCGUCGCUCAUUGGCCAGGCCACAGGGCGUAACAAGGGCAAGAUUGCACGUAUGCUGGCUGCCAAGACAGCUCUUGGUCUCCGUGUCGAUGCUCUCGACGAGGAGAUCGAUGAGAAGGACGAGGAGGAGCGUACCGCUAUGGGCAUGACCAGCCGUAUCAAGCUCGAGAACCAUCUCCGCAAGCUCGAGGGCAAGGCACCUCUUCCUCGCGGCACCAAUGUUGACCCCUCUGGCAACAUCGCCGCUCCCGGACAGUUCACACUCAAGGAGACUCGCAGGUACAACACCGACGCCGACGGCGUGACAGAGGAAGCCAACGGCGAGACCCCCAAGAAGAGCAAGAAGGACAAGAAGAAGAAGAUUGAGAUUGUCGAAGAGUCUGAUGACGAGAUGGCCGAUGCCAACGGUGCGGACGACAGCGACGACAAUGCAGCUGCCACAACCCCUGCCAAGGGGGCCAAGCUUUCCGAGGCUGACUACGAGCGCUUGGCCGAUGCUGCGGGUCUCUCUGUCAAGAAGUUCAAGCGCAAGUACGAGCGUGGAGACGUGGCCCUGAACGACGACGGUACCCCUCGCGUGUACAGCAAGAAAGAGCUCAAGAAGCUGCGCAAGGCCGAUGAGGGCUCGACACCGUCCAAGGCUGCCGCUGUGGAGACUGUCACUGUCGAGAAGAAGAAGAAGCGCAAGCACGACUCGGACGACGAGGAUGAGGUAGUGGAGAAGAAAGAGAAGAAGCAGAAGAAGAAGAAGCGCCAAUCGACCGAUGCCUAG